GCAAUAAAUAUAGCAGUCAAGAACUUCUCUAAACGUUAUGAACAUCGAGACUCGGACAGCACCUUUGUGAUUAUUAUGUCUCAUGGGAAACGAAUCAAAAAUAAAGAUGCCAUUUUAGGUGUCCAUUAUCAUAAAUAUCUACACUCCAAUGAUUACUUCUUUGUUGAGAACAUCUUCUCCCAUUUUAACUCAGUCAAUUGUCCGGCUCUGACUGAUAAACCAAAGGUUAUUCUCAUUCAGGCCUGCAGAGGAGAGCAUGAAGGAGGUGUGUGCGUCAGUGACAGUGUGCCUGAAUCAGACUCCUGGGUUCACAGGGAGAAAGACUUUGUUUGCUUUAUGUCCACCCUUCCUGAUGUCUAUGCAUACAGGAGUCCAGACAAUGGAAGUUAUUUAAUCAAUUACAUAGUGGACGUGUUUGGCACAAGCGCUCAUAAAUAUGACAUUAUGGAGUUGUUCAGGAGUGUGGCCUCACGCAUGGAGAUUGACCCACGUUUCACACGCGAGAAGCAAAUAUUGCCGUGUAUUGAAAGGACGACCCUUGUAAGGAAAUUCUACCUGUUCCCUGGACUCUAA